AUGUUUCAAGUAGCAGUUGAGACGAGACAAAGGCUGCGUCGCAUGUUGCUGAUAGUUGCAUUCAUUGCAUUUUCCCAAGACCUGAGCGGCGGGGGAGGAGCACGGGCAUGGACCUACAACUACAGCACCACUCCGAAUCGAGGAUGGCUCGAGGCCCGCAAGUGGUGCCUUCAGCACUUCACAGACUUGGUGCCCAUCCGGAACGGGGCGGAGAACGACUUCCUGAACAAUAUGCUGCCGUUCAACCGAGGAUAUUACUGGAUAGGCAUCGGCAAAGAGGGCCGAGACUGGGUCUGGAAAGAAACCCAUGAGAAGGUGCCCAAGGAGGCUCAGAAUUGGGCGUCGAAGGAGCCAGAUAACAUAGCAGCUCAGGACUGUGUGGAGAUUUACAUCAAGAGAGACAAAGACACGGCCAAGUGGAACAAUGAGAGCUGUCGAAAGAAGAAGGGAACCAUCUGCUACACUGCCUCGUGUACAAAGGACUCCUGCAGUGCAAAUGCAGACUGUGGGGAGACCAUAGGAGACUUUGCCUGCCGGUGCCAUCCUGGUUUCCUGGGGUCACGAUGUGAAGAGGCAAUAGCAUGCACACCCUCGCUGGAUCCAGAACGAGGUUCCCAUAACUGUUUCCAUCCCCAUGGGUCCAAUCGUUUCAACUCUUCCUGCCGUUUCUACUGUGAACGUGGCUUCCAGUUGGUCGGCGUGCCACAGCGCCGAUGCCAAGCCAGCGGCCGGUGGAACCACCCCGCCCCUCUGUGUCGAGUCGAACGGUGUCCACUUCUGAACCGCACCGGCAUCGGUGCAGGCAGUCUGAACUGCAGCCACCCCAUCGCCUCCUACAGCUACAACUCCACCUGUGAGGUCAGGUGUGAUGAGGGCUACGAGCACAGUGGGCCCCACCAGAUACGCUGUGACCGCAUCGGCCAGUGGACGGCCAGUGUCCACCCAUGUACAAUUAAAAAGUGCUCCCCCGUCUUCUUUCCGGUCACGGGCAACGUGACCUGUGUGAAUCUGGACGCUCUGGAGCCUUUCUCCUUUGGCUCGCGGUGUAACUUCACCUGCCAGGAAGGCUACCACCUGACCAGAGAGGACACAUUCACCUGUCUGGCCUCGGGACAAUGGAGCAACCCGACCCCUACAUGCGCAGUGGUGCAGUGCAGCCGUUUAAAGGCUCCUCCCCAUGCCUCCAUGCAAUGCCAGGACCCUUUAGGAAACUACAGCUAUGGCUCGAUGUGCACUUGGCAAUGUGAACAGGGAUUUGAUCUGAUUGGCACAAACGUGACGACGUGUUCUUCACAGGGCAACUGGAGUUGUGCACUUCCUGUUUGCCGAGCUAAGACGUGUGACCUAAUAGAUCCUCCUCAUGGCUCCCUAAACUGUUCUGACCCAAACGGUUCCUUCCGUUUUGGCUCCGUGUGCACGACGGCCUGCGACGAGGGCUUUCUACCGAAUGGGACAGCCGGCUCGGAGUGCACCUCCCUGGGCAGGUGGAGCGCAGACUUACCACAUUGCCUGGCGAGGAGAUGCCCGGCCCUGAGCUCUCCCUCUCACGGCUCUUUAACCUGCUCCGAUCCUCACGGAGAGUUCAGUUUUGGUUCACGGUGCACGUCAGCUUGUGAGGAGGGUUUCCUCCUGAAUGGGACGGCUGACACCGAGUGCACCUCUCUGGGCGAGUGGAGCGCACACAUCCCUCGUUGCUUGGCGAAACGAUGUCCCGCUGUGAGCUCUUCCUCUCACGGUUCCUUAGCCUGCUCUGAUCCUCAUGGAGAGUUCAGUUUUGGUUCUCGGUGCACGUCAACAUGUAUGGAGGGUUUCCUCCUGAAUGGGACGGCUGACACCGAGUGCACCUCUCUGGGCGAGUGGACCGCCGACAUCCAACAUUGCUUGGCUAAGAGAUGCCCGGCCCUGAGCUCUCCCUCUCACGGCUCUUUAACCUGCUCCGAUCCUCACGGAGAGUUCAGUUUCGAUUCACGGUGCACGUCAGCUUGUGAGGAGGGUUUCCUCCUGAAUGGGACGGCUGACACAGAGUGCACCUCUCUGGGCGCGUGGAGCGCACACAUCCCUCAUUGCUUAGCUAAACGAUGUCCCGCUCUGAGCUCUUACUCUCACGGCUCUUUAACCUGCUCCGAUCCUCACGGAGAGUUCAGUUUUGGUUCACGGUGCACGUCAGCUUGUGAGGUGGGUUUCCUCCUGAAUGGGACGGCUGACACCGAGUGCACCUCUCUGGGCGAGUGGACCGCCGACAUCCAACAUUGCUUGGCUAAGAGAUGCCCGGCCCUGAGCUCUCCCUCUCACGGCUCUUUAAUCUGCUCCGAUCCUCACGGAGAGUUCAGUUUUGGUUCACGGUGCACGUCAGCUUGUGAGGAGGGUUUCCUCCUGAAUGGGACGGCUGACAACGAGUGCACCUCUCUGGGCGCGUGGAGCGCACACAUCCCUCGUUGCUUAGUUAAACGAUGUCCCGCUGUGAGCUCUUACUCUCACGGUUCCUUAGUCUGCUCUGAUCCUCAUGGAGAGUUCAGUUUCGGUUCACGGUGCACGUCAACAUGUAUGGACGGAUUUGUCCUGAAUGGGACGGCUGACACCGAGUGCACCUCUCUGGGCGAGUGGAGAGCCGACAUCCAACAUUGCUUGGCUAAGAGAUGCCCGGCCCUGAGCUCUCCCUCUCACAGCUCUUUAGUCUGCUCUGAUCCUCACGGAGAGUUCAGUUUUGGUUCACGGUGCACGUCAGCUUGUGAGGAGGGUUUCCUCCUGAAUGGGACGGCUGACACCGAGUGCACCUCCCUGAGCGCGUGGAGCGCACACAUCCCUCAUUGCUUGGCUAAACGAUGUCCCGCUGUGAGCUCUCCCCCUCACGGCUCUUUAGUCUGCUCUGAUCCCCAUGAAGAGUUCAGUUUUGGUUCUCGGUGCACAUCAACCUGUGAGGAAGGCUUUGCCUUGAACGGCACAGCUGACACAGAGUGCACCUCCGUGGGCAUGUGGAGCAGAGGAAUACCCCACUGUCUGGCACAGCCAUGCCCUCUACUGGCCAAGGCUCCACAACAUGGGAGCAUGAAUUGCAGUCAUCCAUACGCCUCUUUCAGCUUUGACUCCCACUGUGACUUUGAAUGCAACGAGGGCUUCUGGCGGAGAGGAACACCAACUCUGACGUGCAACAACUCAGGUUACUGGAGUCAAGAUCGACCCACAUGCCAACCUGUGCAGUGUGAAGCCAUUCGGGCCUCGUCUGUAUCCCUGUCUAUGAACUGCUCCCAUCCUCUGGGGAACUUCCGCUUCAGCUCCCAGUGUCUCUUCUCCUGUGAAGAGGGAUUCUCCCUGAAUGGAACGGAGGUGCUGCUUUGCUCCUCCUCCGGGUUUUGGAACGACAGCCGGCCGAACUGCACAGACAUGCCCGUGAUGACUGGAUUUCUAUCGUCUGUGUCUGUCGCAGCCUUCUAUGCCGUGCCGCUCGUCCUCAUCGGACUGGCUUUGAUUAUAAUGCGAUUUAAGAAAAGAGGAAAAACAAACAUGUCUGAAGCACCUGCAUGGGGAGACAGAGAGAAUCCAGCAUUUGAUUUUGAGAUUUAAUUUUUUUUCUCCAGCAAAUACUUCAAUACUGCCACUUAUUGCUUGCUGUUACUAUAUUAAUCCUGGUAGUUAUUGUAUGAUACUGGUACCAACAGAUUACAGUGUGGAUUAGAACUUCAUUUUAACUGUAAUUUCAAUUCAACAUUUUUGCACACAUUUUCAUUUUUAAAAGGCAUAAUGCAAAGUUUGCUUGAAUAUUGCUUGUUUUCAAUAAACAAAUUGAAACGUC